ACAUUAUUAUGCAAUUACAAAGUCCAGAGGCGAGAGAAAGUUAGAGAGAGAGAGAGAGAGAACUUUGCAGAGAUAAGAUGGGAUGCAGUUCAUUUCUCAGAAGCCCCAAGAAAGAAGAACAAGAAGUCCCAGAAGCUAUCACCUCCAAGUUACCCAAUUGUAACCAACCUUACACUUACGAAGAUUUCAACAUUUUGGAUGAACUUGAAGGGGUCUUCAACACGGAGGAAGAACAAAAGUUAGCACCACAAAAGCACUGUAGUGGUAAGUUUCAUUGGGAUUUCAUGGAAUGGGAAGAAUUUCCCUACAUUGGAGAGGAGGAAGCAGAAGAUGACAAUGAAGGGAAGGAGCACGUGAUAGAGAACAGAAGACAAUGCUUUUUUGAAGAACAACAAAUAAAGAGAGAAAACAUUGUUGGGUUUUGGGAAGUGGAUGAUGAGAAGAUGAUGGCUUUGAAUUUGAACUUGAACUAUCAAGAUGUUUUGGAUACAUGGUCUGACCGAGGCUCUCUAUGGGCUGAUGAGUGUUCUCUUUCAUUGGCUACCAAUAAUUGUCACUAUAUGGGAGAAGUGCCAGUAUUGGAAGAAGAGAGAGCAAGAAGGGAAGCAAGUGUUCUUAGGUACAAAGAGAAGCGGCAGAACAGAUUGUUCUCAAAGAAGAUAAGAUACCAAGUUCGAAAGUUAAACGCUGAUAAAAGACCAAGAAUCAAGGUCACUUUGAAAAUUUCUCUUUAUUUUCAGCCAUUGGGUUUUGCAGUAUGGUCAUUUUGUUUUGUAAUGAAAGCAGCUUUUCUGAUAUUUUUGUUGUAGGGUCGCUUUGUGAAGAGACAUUGAGGUUGCUCAAGAGAAAGAUCCCAAACCCAAAAUAUCUCCCAAAAUAUCUAAGAUCUAUCCUGUACAUUUAUUUUUAAUUAAUUUCAACUCAAAUAUUCUUGUACUUAUCCAUUCAAAUUAUCAUUCACUUCCUAUAGAGAUGGAAAAAGAAAUUCAUUCCCUUUUAAAAAAGAAUAAAUUACAUUUUGGAAU